UUGGACAAACCUCGAAAGAAAGGGAUGUCAUGGUACUCAAGCAUCUUCCGGCUACUGGUAAACCCAACCCUCCAAGUUGUGCUUUCUGAAAGUUAUAUCCAUCUCAAUCAUUUGUCAGAACCUGUCCAUUGAAAUGCGCUCAGAAGUUCUCAACACACAUGUAGUAUGUCUGACAGUGAAUUUUCUACAGGUUUUCUCGACUGUUACCCUAGCUCGCUACCUUCCAAAGGAUACUGCUGAUGAUGUACAAUUGGUAUACCAGUCACAUCAGAAUGUUGCCGACUCCUGGGGUGUUUCUUCAGUUCGAGCUAUGUACUACGACUUUGUUCUCAAAGUUCACACACUCACCGUCACCUAUUGCGAGUACAUAACAAGUCAAGUGGAAACUUUCGAAGUCGCUCUGCCGUGAAAAUACUCAACUCGUCGAGGAAACCACAAGACAAGUUCAGUCGAAGCUGUUGUUCCUAAGACCUGGAUGCGACCCACAUUGACAAGUUACAAGUCAUUUGCCCCAUAACGUACAUAGCACCUCUACUUUCUGG